ACCGUGACGUUAUCAAGGUCCUGAUUCUGGAGGAGAGGAAGCAGCCGCUGCCUAUUGUUUACAUUGGAGUUAUCGGUUAUUUAUUUGGGGUGGCUGGUGCAGAGCUGCGGUCAUGUCCCGGGUGCGGCAGCCUCCUCUAGUGACUGGCAUCUCUCCCAAAGAAGGGACCUCCUGGACUAAGGUUACCAUUAGAGGCGAGAACCUGGGCACCGGCCCCUCUGACCUCAUAGGUUUAACCAUCUGCGGACACAAUUGUCUGCUGACAGCGGAGUGGAUAUCUGCCAGCAAAAUAGUGUGCCGGGUCGGUACAGACAAGAAUGAUAAAGGGGACAUCAUUGUUACUACAAAAUCUGGAGGAAAGGGGACUUCCACUGUAUUUUUUAAGUUGGUCAAGCAUGAAAAAAUAGGUAUUUUGUAUCAGUCGGCAGUAUGGGUGGAAGAACAGAAUUAUUACGACAUGCGCACAGACAGAAAUAAAGGAAUAUCUCCUCUAUCUCAGAGAACUGGUAAUCCAUUGGGUAUAGAUAUAGAAAGGGAAAAGGUCCCACACUUGGACAUCGAGGCAUUGUUUCCUGGAAAGACUGCAGACUUCAAUAGGGAGAAUUUUUCUGCUACUUGGUAUCUGAUAGAAAAUCACUCAACUGCUAGUUUCGAACAUCUUAAAUUAGCAGCCAACAACUUGAAAAAACAAGCAAGCAAGAAAAACGAGGGUAACGUUGCUUAUGUGAAAGGAGGACUAAGCACAUUCUUUGAGGCUCAGGAUGCAUUAGCAGCAAUCCAUCAAAAACUCGAGACGGAUGGCACGGAAAAAGUGGAAGGGUCAGUGACGCAAAAAUUGGAGAAAGUUCUGAAAAGUGCAAGUACUACAGCAGAUACUCUGUUUCAAGAAGUGCUGGGAAGGAAGGAUAAAGCGGACUCCACCCGAAAUGCACUAAAUGUCCUUCAGCGAUUUAAGUUUUUAUUCAACCUUCCCCUCAACAUUGAGAGAAACAUUCAGAAGGGCGAUUAUGAUGUGGUUAUAAAUGACUAUGAAAAAGCAAAAUCUUUGUUUGGGAAGACUGAAGUAGAAGUGUUUAAGAAAGUUUACGCUGAAGUAGAAACCAGGAUCGAAGCGUUGAGGAAAUUACUUUUGGAUAAACUUUUGGAAAAGCCUUCCACCCUGCAUGACCAGAGGCGCUACAUCAGAUAUCUUUCCGAACUCCACGCUCCGGGUGACCCGGCUUGGCACUGUAUUGGAGCACAGCACAAAUGGAUUCUCCAGCUCAUGCACAGCUGUAAAGAAGGCUAUGUGAAUGAACUAAAAGGAAGCACAAUUCUUCAAAGUCCGAUGCUUGAUGUGGACAGCGAUGGACGUCCAUCUCCAAUUGCCCGGCUCAGCCAGACAGCAUCCCUGAAGAGAGGCAGCAGUUUCCAGUCUGGACGAAAUGACUCUUGGAAGUAUAAAACACCUCCUCAAGCAGAGUUUGUGGAGAAAUUAUCAAAAAUAGUGGUUUCCGAACUACCAAACUUCUGGAAACUCUGGAUAUCCUAUGUCAAUGGAAGUCUUUUCAGCGAGACUGCAGAAAAAUCUGGCCAAAUGGAGAAAUACAGAAAAAAUGCAAAACAAAAGCCAAACGAUUUUAAGAAAAUGAUACAAGAAGUGAUGCAGUGCUUGGUGAAGCUCAUUCGCGGAGCUUUACUUCCAAGUACUCUUGGCCAAGAGGAUGUGAUGAUUUAUGGAGGUUGGGGACUGAAGGCUGAUUUAUCUGGACAUUGGUUAGCUCAUGUUGUUCAGACCUUUAGGCAUACGUAUGAAUCACUAAUGGCUCUUGAGAUCCCCAAUGAUAUCCUGCAGGCUAUACAAGACCUCAUAUUGGAGUUGCGGGAAACUUGUGUCAAGGUCACUUUGCAGCAUACUGCUGAAGAGGUCAAGAAAUUGGCGGACAAAGAAGACUGGAUGGUCGACAAUGAGGGUUUAACAGCUUUGCCAUCACAGUUUGAGCAGAGUGUGACCCAGGCUUUACAAUCACUGAAAAGUGUCAUAGAAUGUAAACCCGCUGAAGCAAGUAUUUUUCAGCAUCAGAAAACACAGGAAAGAGUGUGCACUCUCUGCAUAAACAUAAUCCAGGCCUUCAUCUCUACCCUUGAGUAUCUAAGUAACAAACCUGAAGGAGAUGUGGAUACAAUGCAUGUUUCGGCUGAUAUUUCAUCUCCUGACUUAUUCGGAAGUCUUAAUGAAGAGCCCACAAUAUCCUCUGAGAAAAAGCUUUUAAUUGUUCUGAGCAACUGUAACUAUCUGGAGCGACAUACCUUAAUAAACAUUGCCGACCAUUUUGAGAAACAUGGCUUUCAGGGAAUAGAGAACAUAACAAAGGCCAGCACGGAGUCUCUGACGGAACUGGACCAAAGUUUAUUUGAAAAAUUUAUCGAAAGUAAAGCAGACCCCAUAGUUGGAUCUCUGGAGCCUGGCAUAUAUGCGGGGUACUUCGAUUGGAAAGACUGCCUGACCCCCACAGUCAGCAAAAUUAAAAACCGCUGGUACUCGUGCCGGGACCAGUUUAAGCGCGAAAUGAAUCAGCGCCAAAGAAGUGGCGACGGUUCCUUGGCCAAAAAGCCAUAUUUGUAUACAGCCAACCUCCAGUUCUUGCGCCCAAUCAUGGAAACUCGACCAACCGUGGAUAACCUGAGUCAAGACCCGGUUGAAGUGGAAGCGGCUUCUGGACCUUCUUCCACGGAGAAUCCAACUGCCCCUCCAUCCUUGGAAGGUUCUCCACCGUUGGCAACGGUCACAGAAGGAACGGUCCCCCCCGAAAAUAUUGCUGGGCCACAGCAGAUAAACACCCAGCGUCGUGCCUCGGGUAGGCGUAGGGGUCCCCCUCCACCCGAUUCUGGUUUAGAUACUCGAACCAUUGUUGAAUCAAGGGUUAUGGAGUAUUUAAACCAGAAUCGUGGUGAGAGUCCUGAUGAAACGAUGGUGAAAAGUUUGGUGCCCCUACUGAAAAAAGUACCCGAGGAACGAAAAGCUCGGUGUCUAUCUGCUGUGGCACUUCUAAUGGACCUUUUUGCUGGUCCUCAAGAACCUAUUGCCACAAUCCACAAUUUGGAGAGGGAUCGCGAUGAGAUGCUGAAUUGGAGGCCAUUUGGGCAAAGAUUUUCUCAUCAUCCAUCCUCAUCACAGUAUUUUCUUGGAGAAACCUCUACCCAGGGGAGUUACCAAGCUCAACAUGGACACCCCAGGUCUUCCGAGGGAUCUCGUCCCCAAAGUUCUAAUACCGGCCCUUUUACAAGGGAAUUGUUUGAUCUCUAAUUUUAUCAAGUUAAA